AUGGAUCCAAACAAGCUUUACGAACCUCGGGUACGGGAAUAUAUUGAUCCAGCAACAUUUGAACAAAUAGUGGGACUGGAUGAUGACGACGAUAUGUCUUUUACCAAAUCAAUGUUAUCAAGUUUUUAUGACCAAUUUCAGGACUCAAUUAAAGAAAUGGAGCAAGCGCUUGCCGCAAAAGAUCUUCCUGGCUUGUCUUCUUCUGGCCAUUUCCUAAAGGGCUCUUCGGCUGCCUUAGGAUUAUGGAGAAUUCAAGACUGUUGUGAAAAAAUUCAACAUUUAGGCUUCCAGAAGGAUGAAUCGGGUGCUGUUUCCAUUGACAACCCUCAGAUUUGUCUUGAUAGAAUCUCAGAGCUACUUAUAUUGGUGAAACAGAUUUUUACUGAAACCAAAAACGCCAUCAGUUACCUUGGGUUUUAA